GAGACGUGGCAGCGGAUGGAUAAUCAGAGCAGUCGGGGCUAAGCUGGCCAGAGUUGGGAUUACGAGUGAGCACAGUCACUGUCCGUCCGCGCUUCGAACCACUGCUCGCGCCUGUCUGGACCGGUGCCGCGGCGGAUCAGUAAUACCGAGAGUGGGGGGUCGGUCAUGGGACUUUGCAAGUGCCCUAAGAGGAAGGUGACCAACCUGUUCUGCUUCGAACACCGAGUGAACGUCUGCGAGCACUGCCUGGUAGCCAACCACAGCAAGUGCAUCGUCCAGUCCUACUUGCAGUGGCUUCAAGAUAGUGACUACAACCCUAACUGCCGCCUGUGCAACACACCACUGGCCAGCCGCGAGACGACCCGCCUCAUCUGCUAUGAUCUCUUCCACUGGGCCUGCCUCAAUGAACGUGCUGCCCAGCUGCCCCAAAACACGGCGCCUGCUGGUUACCAGUGCCCCAGCUGCAAUGGCCCCAUCUUCCCCCCAAGUAACCUGGCUGGCCCUGUGGCCUCUGCACUGAGAGAGAAGCUGGCCACAGUCAACUGGGCCCGGGCAGGACUGGGCCUCCCUUUGAUUGAUGAAGUGACAAGCCUGGAGCCCGAGCCCCUCAAUUCCUCUGACUUCUCUGAUUGGUCCAGCUUUAAUGCCACUGGACCCUCCAGACAGGAGGAACUAGACAGCACUUCUGCCACCCCAGCCAUCUAUAGCCAGCCUCCUCGGCCCCCUGCUUCCCCUAGCCGAUCCGAGCAGCACACGAUCAUCCAUAUGGGCAGCCCUGAGCCCUUGACUCAUGCCCCAAGGAAAGUGUAUGACACACGGGACGAUGACCGGACACCAGGCCUUCACGGGGAUUGUGACGAUGACAAGUACCGCCGCCGGCCUGCCCUGGGCUGGUUAGCCCAGCUGCUCAGGAGCCGGGCUGGGUCCCGGAAGCGGCCACUGUCCCUGCUCCAGCGGGCGGGGCUGCUGCUACUGCUGGGGCUGCUGGGCUUCCUGGCCCUCCUUGCCCUCAUGUCUCGACUGGGCCGGGCUGCAGCUGAUGGUGAUCCCAAUCUGGACCCGCUCAUGAACCCUCACAUCCGUGUGGGUCCAUCCUGAGUCCUUACUCGUGGCUGGGUCAGCCUAGGACCUGGGGUCCCGAGAUGGGAAGGUUGGGGAGGCCUGGGACUCUUCUCCACUCAUCUCCCCCAAGCCUGAGACACUAAGAUCCCAGGCCCAAAGCUAGGUCCACUGGAGUGGCUGCAGGCUGGGCCUGGAGUCCUGUAGGUCAAGUAUUUGUCUUAACCUGCUUCCCUCUGAGCCUCCGGCCUCCAACCCACCCCUUAAAUGAGCAACAGGUGCAAAUAAACA